AUGGAGGCUCAGGCUCUCCCAGCAGUUGAAGCAGCUCCCCUAGACCUGUCUCUCACACUGGCCCCCAUGUCUCCUUGGGCUGUUCUUCCUUCUGGCAGCCGUGGCCGCCGCAGAGGCAGCGUGAGAUCAAGGUUCUUCUCUUGCCUCUUCUGCGAGAGGAAGUUCCUCAAGUCCCAGGCGCUAGGGGGCCAUCAAAACGCGCACAGGAAGGAGAGGGUCGUCAGCAGCUGGAACGCCCACCUCUACCUCCCUGACCAUCCUCGUCCCCCGAUGCCGGACACCGCGACGGGGUACCUUGUUGACGACGACGACGAAGACAAGCACCAGAAGCUUGAUCUUAGCCUCAAGCUUUAA